AUGUCAAGUACGGAUUCCAGUGAUGAAGAAAUUAUGGUAAUGUACCAUUACCUUAGAAAUAAGGAAAAGAAAAUGAAAAGGAGAUAUUGGGUACAUCCGUAUCUUGAAAAAAACAUUCAUUGCAGAUUAUUUGUAGCAACAAAGGAGCUACAACAAACAGACUCUAAAUUUAUUGCUUUUUACCGUAUGUCUAAGGAUAGUUAUAUGAAUUUAGUGCAACUGAUAACUCCUUAUAUACGACAGAAAAACACAAACAUGAGAGAAUGCGUGAGCGCUGAAGAAAGAUUAUUAAUAACCCUAAGGUAA